CUCAGUGUGCUGUGAGGACCUAGCGAGCAUCAUCUCUCUCCUCUCCUUACCUUCACUGAGUCGCUCCAUCCUUCCUCCUCCUCCUCCUCUGCUAUGACAUCUCUCACCAGUGGCGCGCUGCAUCUCACGCCGGCAGUCCGACACCGCUCCUCCAUCAUAGACAUGUGCGCCUGGAAUAUCCGCGAUUGAUCGUCGGGUGGCGUCAUUUUUUUUUGGUUUAGUGUUUUGUUUUAUUUAUUGAAAAGAUAUAACAACGAAAGAAGAAAAGGAGGAGGGGGGGCGGCCGUCAUCUCAUACCCCCCUCCGCUCCCUUCAGUCAAGCAGAGCGGCAAGGUGGGGGGAAGGCUUGAAGCCAGCUUGGAUUUAUUUAACAGCAACAUGAUGGAUUUGGGGAGGUCGAUGAUGAUGAUGAUGAAGAGGAGGAGGCUGACCGUGAGGAAAAUGGCCAGACUAAGACGGGACCUCUGGCUUCUCCUCCUGACGGGGCUCCUCGUCGGGGAUUUCUCCUCCUCUAGGGCUGAAUCUUGCGGUGGCGUAAUCCAAGGCCUGAAUGGGACGAUAGAAUCGCCCGGUUUCCCCCACGGCUAUCCCAACUACGCCAACUGUACGUGGCUGAUAAUAACAGGGGAGCGAAACAGGAUCCAGCUCACCUUCGUCACGCUGGCACUAGAGGAAGACUUUGAUAUCGUGUCUGUAUAUGAUGGACAACCAUUGCCUGGGAACCUAAAAAUGAGGUUGUCGGGGUUCAUGCUGCCUUCUCCUUUAGUCAGCAGUGGAUCUAUAUUGGCCUUGUGGUUUACCACCGAUUUCGCCGUCAGUGCACAGGGCUUCAAAGCUGUAUAUGAAGUCCUACCCAGCCAUACGUGUGGAACCCCCGGACUCAUCCCAAAUGGAGUCAUCCAUGGUGCGCGGUACAACAUCGGGGACAAAAUCCGCUACAGCUGCGAGUCGGGUUUCGUCUUGGAGGGACAUAAUAUCCUCACAUGUAUUGUAUCAGCAGGCAGUGGGGCACAGUGGGACUUCCCUUCACCUUUUUGUCGAGCGGAGGGGGCGUGCGGCGGCACAUUACGGGGCACCGCAGGUUCAAUAACCAGCCCCGGAUACCCUGCAGAGUACGACAACAAUCUGGACUGCACGUGGUCAAUCCUGGCUGAACCCGGAGACACAAUAGCUCUUGUCUUCAAUGACUUCUUAUUGGAAGACAAGUACGACUUCCUGGAAAUCAGCGGGACGGAGGCGCCCAGUAUAUGGCUAACUGGUACAACCCUGCCCUCCCCAGUUAUAUCGAGUAAAAACUGGCUACGGAUACACUUUACCUCAGACAGCAACCAUCGAAGGAAAGGAUUCAGUGCUCAGUACCAAGUGAAGAAAGCGAUAGAAUUAAAGUCCAGAGGAGUGAAGAUGAUGCCCAGUAAGGACUCCAGCCACAAAAAUGCAGUUUUGAGUCAAAGCGGCCUGGCAGGAGAUGCGUGUCCAGAUCCUGGAAUUCCAGAAAAUGGCAAGCGAAUGGGAUCAGCCUUCCAAGUCGGCUCCAGUGUCCAAUUCAGUUGUGAUGACAGCUACGUUCUUCAAGGAUCCAAAAGUAUCACCUGUCAGAGAGUGACGGACACACUGGCUGCCUGGAGUGACCACAGGCCCAUCUGCAGAACACGUACCUGUGGGAGCAACCUACGGGGCCCCAGAGGGAUCAUAACGUCUCCUAACUAUCCUGUUCAAUAUGAGAACAAUGCUCACUGUGUUUGGGUCAUCACUGCAUUGGACUCUGCAAAGGUCAUAAAGCUGUCAUUUGAAGAGUUCGACUUGGAACGAGGCUACGAUACACUGACAGUGGGGGACGGAGGGAAGAUAGGAGACACUCGACGGGUACUUUAUGUACUCACUGGCUCCAGUGUACCUGACAUCAUUGUGAGCUUGUCCAAUCAGAUGUGGCUUCAUCUGCAGUCAGAUGACACAAUUGGCUCUGCAGGGUUCAAGGCAGUCUACGAAGAGAUCGAAAAGGGAGGCUGCGGCGAUCCCGGCGUGCCGGCGUUCGGUCGUCGUAGCGGCGAUGGCUUCCAGCACGGUGAUGUGCUGACCUUCUUUUGCCAGUCUGCGUUUGAAUUGGUUGGCGAGAGGAGCAUCACUUGCCAGCAUAAUAACCAGUGGUCUGGUAAUAAACCCAGCUGUGUCUUCUCUUGUUUCUUCAACUUCACGGCCCCAGCAGGAACUGUGCUGUCCCCAAACUAUCCUGAGGAAUACGGCAACAACCUCAACUGUGUGUGGUUGAUUAUUUCGGAACCCGGGAGCCGUAUCCAUCUGCUCUUCUCAGACUUUGACCUGGAGCCUCAGUUUGACUGGUUGGUGGUCAAAGAUGAAGGUCUAUCCGAGCCGACGACAUUUGGGACAUUCUCUGGAAAGGAUGUCCCAUCCCAAAUCGCUUCAAACGGACACAUCAUGAGACUGGAAUUUCAGUCGGAUCACUCCAACACCGGGAAAGGCUUCAAUAUCAGCUAUACAACAUUUGGCCAGAAUGAGUGUCAUGAUCCAGGCGUCCCUGUCAACGGUCAAAGGUACGGGGACCAAUUUCAGCUUGGCAGCUCCGUGGCUUUCCGUUGUGACCAAGGAUUCAUAAGAACACAGGGGUCAGAUCAGGUCACCUGCAUCAUUCAGGAUGGAAAUGUUGUUUGGUCUGCGGCGGUGCCUCGCUGUGAAGCUCCAUGUGGAGGCCAUCUCACCGCUCCGACUGGAGUUCUUCUGUCUCCUGGAUGGCCUUCAUUCUAUAAAGAUUCUCUCAACUGCCAGUGGGUGAUCGAAGCACUGCCUGAUCAUGCUGUGAAGAUACACUUUGACAGGUUCCAGACUGAAGUCAACUAUGAUACACUAGAGAUCAGGGAUGGCCCCUCAUCUUCCUCCCCCCUGAUUGGUGAAUACCACGGCACCCAGGCACCUCAUUUCCUGAUUUCUACGUCCAACUUCCUGUUCCUGUUGUUCACCACUGACAACAGUCGCUCAGCGACGGGCUUCAGCAUCAGAUACGAGAGUGUGAAAAUGGAGUCCGACUCUUGUCUUGACCCGGGUAUUCCAGUCAAUGGGCGUCGCCAUGGCAGCAGCUUCUCCAUCGGCUCCCGUGUCUCGUUUACAUGCGACCUAGGAUAUACGCUGAGUGAUCAGGAGCCCAUUGUUUGCGAGCAAAAUCAUCAGUGGAGUCACGCUCUUCCCAGCUGUGAUGCUCUGUGUGGAGGCUACGUUUAUGGAAAAAUGGGCACCAUUCUUUCACCGGGAUUUCCUGACUUCUAUCCCAAUUCUUUGAAUUGCACCUGGACCAUAGAGGUAUCUCAUGGUAAAGGAGUCCACCUUGUUUUCCAUACUUUCCAUUUGGAGGAGAACCAUGACUACCUGUCCAUCACAGAGGACGGCAAUUUCCUGGUUCCAGUAGCCCGACUAACUGGCUCAGUGCUGCCCUCGAGUGUUAAAGCGGGUCUCUUCGGGAAUUUCACUGCCCAGCUACGAUUCAUAUCAGAUUUUUCCAUGAGCUAUGAGGGAUUUAAUAUUACGUUUUCAGAAUACGACUUGGAGCCUUGUGAGGAUCCAGGAGUACCAGCGUUCAGCAGACGAACGGGAUUCAGAUUUGAAGUCGGUGACUCGCUGGCCUUCUCUUGUUUCCAUGGUUACCGACUCGAGGGCGACAGCAAGAUCACCUGCCUCGGUGGAGGCAGACGAGUGUGGAGCAACACACUGCCCAGAUGUAUAGCUGAGUGUGGAGCCACGUCUUUGGGACCAGAAGGUGUUCUUGUCUCUCCGAACUUUCCAUCCAACUACGACAAUAACCACGAGUGCAUCUAUCGCAUCACUACAGAGAAGGGACAAGGAAUCAGGCUGAAAGCCGAGAGCUUCUCUCUGCAGGAUGGAGACUCUCUCAGGGUGUAUGAUGGCGAGAACAGUUCAUCCCGUCUCCUUGGCAACUUCACCCGUGAAGUCAUGAUGGGUCACGUCAUUAAUAGUACCUCCAAUCACUUGUGGCUGGAGUUCAACAGCAACGCCUCUGGAACCACUCAGGGCUUUCACCUCACAUACACAAGUUUUGACCUGGUACGGUGUGAGGAACCAGGUGUCCCUAGUUAUGGCUACAAAAUCCAGGACGACGGCCAUUAUGCCAACACUUUUGUCCUUUACUCCUGCAACCCUGGCUACAGUCUCCAUGGCAGCAGCACACUGACCUGUCUUAGUGGAGACAGACGCGUUUGGGACAAACCACUUCCAUCCUGUAUUGCCGAGUGUGGAGGUCACAUAACUGGAGCAGUGUCUGGACGAAUUUUGUCUCCGGGAUACCCUGCCCCAUAUGACAACAACCUCCACUGCACCUGGACUAUAGAGGCUGAUACUGGCAAGACUAUCAGUCUCCACUUCAUUGUCUUUGACACUGAAAUUGGCCAUGAUACCUUAAGAGUUUGGGAUGGACCAUCUGGACCGUUGGAUGGAGGGAUCCUUUUGAAAGAGUGGUCGGGUCCAGCUUUGCCUGAAGAUAUCCACUCCACUUUCAACAUACUCACACUUCAAUUUGACGCUGACUACUUCAUCAGCAAGCAGGGAUUUUCCAUCCAGUUCUCCACCACAACAGCAACAACCUGCAAUGACCCCGGCAUCCCAGUAAAUGGCUCUCGAUAUGGGGACAGUAAGGAGCCCGGUGACAGUAUGACGUUCCAGUGUGACCCCGGCUAUCAGCUCCAAGGCCCUGAUACCAUCAUCUGUGUCCGCAUGGAUAACAGGUUCUUCUGGCAGCCCGACCCUCCAACAUGCAUGGCAACCUGUGGAGGUAACGUCAGCAGUCCUUCUGGAGUGAUCCUGUCUCCUAACUACCCCCAACCUUACCCUCCGGGGAAAGAGUGCGAUUGGCGAAUCCGAGUCAACCCAGACUUUGUCAUUGCGCUCAUCUUUAAAAGUUUUAACAUGGAGCCCAGUUAUGACUUCUUGCACAUCUAUGAGGGCGAAGACUCUAAUGGGCCACUGCUGGCGAGUCUCCAAGGUAACCAGGCCCCUGAGCGCAUCGAGAGCAGUGGUAACUGUCUCUUCCUGGCAUUCCGAUCGGACGCCUCUCUAGGAAUGUCUGGCUUUGCCAUUGAGUUCAGAGAAAAACCAAGGGAGGCCUGUUUUGAUCCUGGUAACAUUAUGAACGCUAGUCGGACCGGACAUGACUAUAAACUGGGCUCUCAGGUGUCCUACAACUGUCACCAUGGCUACACAAUAAUGGGCGGGGAAACCAUAACCUGUGUGAUGGGGCGUGAUGGGAAGCCGGUGUGGGAUAAGGCUCUACCGUCCUGUAAAGCACCCUGUGGUGGACAGUAUGGCGGAUCUGAGGGAGUGGUUCUAUCUCCAAACUACCCUCUAAACUACACCACCAGACAAAUGUGCCCCUACUACAUCACUGUGCCGCCACAGUUUGUUGUUUUCGGUCAGUUUGCCGUCUUCCAGACUGCGAUGAACGACUCUGUGGAGCUGUUUGAUGGAGCCAAUGAGAACUCACGAUUGCUAAGCUCUCUGGCAGGAUCACAUUCAGGAGAGACGUUACCACUGGCUACUUCCAAUCAGAUCAUGCUGCGCUUCAACGCCAAGAGUGGUCAAUCAGCUAAGGGCUUUCACUUUGUCUACCAAGCUGUGCCUCGGACCAGUGACAGUCAGUGUAGCUCGGUGCCAGAGCCUCGUUACGGCAGGCGAAUCGGGUCAGAGUUCUCGGCCGGAUCGGUGGUCCGGUUCGAGUGCAGUCCAGGAUAUCUGUUAAAGGGACCAAGCGCAAUCUGGUGCCGGGCUGUACCGGGAGCUCUGGCACAGUGGAAUGCAACAACGCCAAGCUGUAUCGUUCCCUGCAGCGGCAAUUUGACCGAACGUCGCGGCACCAUCUUGUCUCCUGGCUAUCCGGAGCCAUACCCAAACAGUCUCAACUGUCUGUGGAGAAUCCAUGUCAGCGAAGGGGCUGGGAUACAGAUCCAAGUGAUGACAUUUGCCACAGAGCACAACUGGGAUUCUCUGGAGAUCUACGAUGGAGGAGACAUGACGGCUCCUAAAUUAGGGUCAUUUUCUGGAACUACAGCUCCCGCCCUCCUUAACUCCACGUCCAAUCAGCUUCUCUUGCACUUUCAGAGUGACAUUAGUGUUGUUGCUGCAGGUUUUCACCUUGAGUAUAAAACGGUUGGCUUGACUACUUGUCCAGAGCCGAUGAUCCCAGCAAACGGCAUUAAAACAGGAGACAGGUACAUGGUCAAUGAGGUAGUGGCCUUCACCUGUGAGCCUGGGUAUGACUUACAGGGUCACUCUCACAUUUCCUGCAUGCCUGGGACUGUGCGUCGAUGGAACUACCCACCUCCUCUUUGCAUCGCGCGUUGUGGCAAGGUGCUGUCUGAGGUCACUGGGGUCAUCUUGAGUCCGGGUUUCCCUGGCAACUACCCAGGCAACCUGGACUGCACCUGGCAAAUCAUCUUGCCAACAGGAUAUGGAGCCCAUAUCCAGUUCCAGAACUUUUCAUCUGAGGACAACCAUGACUUUUUGGAAGUGCGGGCGGGACCCCAGCACAGCUCGGCUCUUAUUGGACAGUUCACUGGGUCGCAGCUUCCACCCCCUCUGCUAAGUACCACUCACCAGACCAUCAUUCACUUCUACAGCGACCAUUCAGAGAACAGACUGGGGUUCAAGCUCACUUAUCAAGCUUAUCAACUUCAGAACUGCCAGGAUCCUUCUCCUUUCACCAAUGGUGACAUCAUCAACAGUGACUACAGUGCUGGACAGUCAAUAACAUUCCAGUGUUACCUUGGAUAUGUUUUAAUUGGACACCCAGUCCUGACAUGCCUGCAUGGAACAAACCGCAAGUGGAACCACCCUUUUCCACGCUGUGAGGCUCCUUGUGGCUACAAUGUGACGGCUGAAAAUGGGACCAUUUAUUCACCCCAGUAUCCCAAUGAAUACCCCAAUUCCCAAGAUUGUAGUUGGCUCAUCACCGUUCCCCACGGACACGGAGUUUACAUCAACUUCACCUUGUUGCAGACAGAGCCUGUCACUGAUUACAUCGCCGUCUGGGACGGUCCAGAUGGGUCCAGUCCUCAGCUGGGCGUAUUCAGCGGCAACACAGCUUUAGAGUCGGCCUACAGUUCCAGCUCCAAGGUUCUGAUUCGCUUUCACUCUGACUUUUCAACUGGCGGAUUCUUCAUACUCAACUUUCAUGCCUAUCGUCUGAAGAAAUGCCCUGCUCCCCCUGUAGUGGAGAACGCAGAGAUAAUCUAUGAGGACGAAGACUUCCUAAUAGGUGAUAUUGUGACUUAUCGUUGUCUGCCUGGUUACACACUAGUCGGAAAGGCGGAGCUCACGUGUACACUCAACUCCCAUUUACUGUUUGAGGCCCCGCCCCCAACUUGUCAAGCCCAGUGCCCUGCCAAUGAGGAGCGAUCUUCAUCAUCAGGGGUCAUACUCAGUCCCAUGUUUCCUAGCAACUACCCCAACAGCCAAACCUGCUCCUGGCUGCUGCGAAUGCUUCCAGGUUACAUCAUCAAUAUCUACGUUGAAAUGUUCCACAGUGAGAAACAGUUUGACGAGCUGGAAAUUUUUGACGGAUCGUCAGGACAGAGCCCUUUGCUUGUGGCUCUCAGUGGAAACCACUCAUCUCAGCUCAACUUCACCUCCAAAACCAAUCAGCUUUACCUACGCUGGUCCACUGACCACGCAACCAACAAGAAGGGAUUCAAGAUAAGAUACUCAGCUGCGUACUGUAGUAUUAAUGAUCUCCCAGUGAAUGGGGGCGUGACCAACCGAACCAAACUUCGCCUAGGUAGCAGACUUCAGUUCUACUGUACCCAUGGUUACCGUCUGGUAGGCUCUAUGAAUUCCACUUGUAGACUCCACCCCAAUGGGCUUUACCAGUGGGACACACCUCCACCAUUCUGCCAAGCCAUCUCCUGUGGGAUCCCUCAGUCACCAGGCAAUGGCAGCUUCCAUGCCUACCAGUAUACUGUGGGCAGUCAAGUGACCUACCAAUGUAACCAUGGUUACCACCUUGAUCCCAGUCUUCCAGUGACAGCUGCAUGUAUGGAGGACGGCAGUUGGAGUAAUGCUGCCUCACCCACUAGAUGCCUCCCCAUCCACUGUACGAGCAUUGAGGGCACCUUGUCAGAUCACAUGACCUACCGUCUUCUGUCUGGUAUGCUGGGAGAGUUUGGUUCUGUGGUCAUGCUGGAAUGCUUAGCAGGCUACUCUUUCGGGGCGGGGCAUCGGACACUGCGCUGUCUUGCCAACGGGACUUGGGAGGGGUCUGAUGGACCAGCCACAUGCAAGAUUUUGUCCUGUGGAGAUCUUCCCUCUCCGCCCUUUGGCACCAAACUGGGCACACUGACUACGUUUGGAGCUACUGCGAUCUUUAUGUGUAACCAUGGUUACACAUUGGUGGGGUCACACGUCAGAGAAUGUGGAGCUAACGGGCUGUGGAGUGGUUCCGAGACCAGGUGUCUUGCUGGCCACUGCGACUCUCCGGAUCCUAUCGUCAAUGGGCACAUUAGCGGCGAUGGCUCUAGUUACCGCGACACAGUGGUAUACCAGUGCAUGCUGGGAUAUCGGCUGAUUGGCACAUCAGUCAGAAUCUGCCAACAAGACCAUCGGUGGUCUGGAACAACACCUGUUUGUGUCCCCAUCACUUGCGGUCACCCAGGCAACCCAGCCAAUGGACGGACAAACGGCAGCGAGUUCAACCUCAACGACGUUGUCAACUUCACCUGUAAUAAAGGUUACAUCCUGAGUGGAAAUGCACGCGCUCAGUGUCGACUCAACGGCCAGUGGAGCAGCCCCCUACCGGUCUGCAAAGUGGUAAACUGUUCCGACCCCGGGCACGUGGAGAAUGGUGUUCGUCAGUCGGGCCUACGCUACCCAGAAGUCUUCAGCUACGGUGUAACAGUGGUUAUCCACUGUAAAAGAGGCUUCUUCCUGCUGGGCUCGGCGCUCCUCACGUGCCAACAUGAUGGACGCUGGGACAGACCCACCCCUCGAUGCUUGGCCAUUUCUUGUGGUGACCCUGGUUUGCCCCCAAGCGUGGUCUUGUCUGGGACGCGCAUCUGGACGUACGGCUCUGUGCUGCAAUACUCAUGUCUGCCAGGGGGGGUGCUGGUGGGCAAUGCUACACGCCACUGUCAAGAGGACGGCACUUGGAGUGGGGCGCCGCCCUACUGCACUGGUUUGAGUCCAGGGAUGUGCGGGGACACGGGGGUCCCUCCCCACGGUGGCCGUUUAGGAGGAGAGGAGUUUAAAACCAAGAGCCUGCUGCGUUUUAGCUGCGAGGCGGGAUACAAUCUGAUUGGCUCCGCUGAGAGGACGUGCCUCCACAACGGCACCUGGAGUGGAACGCAGCCCGUUUGUCAAGCUGUAUCUUGUGGCAACCCCGGCACCCCGGCCCAUGGCAGGAUCGUCUUCAAUGAUGGCAUCACCUUCGGCAGCUCGGUGGCUUACGCAUGCUGGGAAGGGUUCAAAACAUCGGGCCUGACCACCAGACACUGCACAACGAAUGGGACGUGGACGGGACAACCUCCAGACUGCACUGUGAUCAGUUGUGGAGACCCGGGGCCAAUAGCCAACGGCGUCUAUUUGGGACGCGAGUUCACUUUUAACCACACGGUGGCCUACCGUUGUAACCCGGGUCACCUUAUGGAUCCAUCUGGACUGGGAUGCAGUGUUUUACGCUGCACUAAAGAUGGAACGUGGAACCAAACCAAACCCAGCUGUAAAGUGAUCCAGUGUGGACCACCCCCUCAAGUGCAACAUGGAGAAGUGCAAGGAACAGACCAUUCUUGGGGAUCAAGUGUUAGCUACACUUGUUUCCAUGGUUACCAGUUGUCCAUUCCAACUGUGUUGACCUGUGAGGGGAAUGGAACGUGGACAGGAGAUGUCCCGCAGUGUCUGCCGGCUCUGUGUGGUGAUCCAGGCUCUCCUGGAGGAGGAUUCAGAGAAGGGAGCAUCUUUACUUACCGGUCAGAGGUCAGAUUCUACUGCCAGACCCCCUAUUUGUUGGUUGGCUCUGCCUCCAGAGAGUGCCAGGCUGAUGGGAUGUGGAGUGGCCAACAACCAGCUUGUAUAGAUUCGGCGUUGAACAGCUGUCGUGACCCAGGAACACCAGCGUAUGGUAUCCCAGUCCAGGCUCAGGGCCUUCAGGUUGGAAGUAAAAUUUCAUUUAAGUGUCGCAAAAACUACCACAUCCUUGGUUCCACCACAAGAACGUGUUUAGAAAAUCUCACCUGGAGUGGAACACAACCUGAAUGUAUUGCCCACUCGUGCCGUCAGCCCGAGACCCCCAGUAACAUGGAUGUUCGCUCUUUGGACCUGCCGACAUUGGGAUAUACUCUCAUCUACACCUGUCAAGACGGGUUCUAUCUGGCCAGUGGAUCGGAACACAGAACAUGUAAAAUUGAUGGGAGAUGGUCAGGGAAACCACCACUGUGUAAAGUUGGAGUUAAAGUCAAUCCCAAAGGCAGAGGAGAGGCAGACAUCCAGAAGAACAAAAUUCGAGUUCCAGUGGAUGUUUUCUCCCUCAACUCAGAAUGGAGAGGUUUCUACGAGUAUCUGGGCAAGCGACAGGCCACCACAUUCACAGUGACUGGCUUUAAUGCGACCAGCGGAAGGGUUAACAUCACUUUACUGGAGACCAGCGGAGUGUCCAUCAGACUAUCUGGUACCUACAAGUCUGAGGAGAACCAGCUUCUUUUGAAGGUCUAUCAGGUCAAAGGGCCCACAGAGCAUUACUACAACAAGUUUAAGAAUGACAACUGGGCAAUGGAUGGAUACGUGACUGCAGAAUCAGACCAGAAAACAUUUGUCUACCAGGGGCAUAUUCACAGUAAAGACUUUGGCAAGUUCCAUCUGACGAGGCAAGGCCCUGUAACCACAGUGAUAGACCCAUCCAACCCGUAUACGAACAGCAGCUCUGUGGCAGCAGCCAUCUUGGUUCCUUUCUUCGCCCUCAUUCUGUCUGGAUUCGCCUUCUACCUCUACAAGCACAGGACAUUGUCUGCUGACACAGAUGACAAUGAAAGACCCAAAGAUACCUGGGGGCCAGGCGGCAGAACCCGUCCCAAGGUCCAGUUCAAUGGCUACGUGGGCCAUGAAAGCACCAAUGGCCAAGCAUCAUUCGAAAACCCGAUGUACGACACAAACAUGAAGCCCACCGAGGCAAAGGCCGUUCGAUUUGACACCACGCUCAAUACAGUAUGCACUGUGGUAUAGUCCAUCAUGCCCACCGAUACCUAAAAACAGCAGUCCAGCCUGGCUGUCUGCGGUGUGGUUUAAUCCAACAGGACAAACAAACAAACUCAUGAAUGGCACUGGAGCAGUCUGUGUGGUGGCGUGCUGGUCAGCAUACACUGCAGUGUUGUGCCUCUGCUUCCUCCCAACAUGAGGAUCCACCGUCUGUCCCUCUAGUCUUCACAUGUGAUAAUGGGAGUAGACAGGGAUGUCAUUAAAGAGUUCAUUUGUCAGGGGCUUUAGGGAUGAAGGAAAAACAGGCAAGUCCAGUGAUUCUUAACUUCCACCAUAGAAAGGUGUAACUGCACCAAUGGCCUUUUGAUACGGGAAUAGUUUUUUACCCCAAUCCAAUUCCAUACCCCUAUGCCAAAUACAUAUGCACAGUGGUAAAAGGCUUACUGGCUGCCCCACUGGGUACCAGGAUGGGUUAGGCAGGAUAAAGUUGGAUUUAAUGGCAACUUGGAUAGGCUUUUUUUGCUGGAAGGUGCACAAACUAUCGUGACAUUGGCAUCUAAAUGGACUAAACCGAGUGACCAGUUGCAUCAGACCUGAAGUCAAGUGCAGAAUGCAAAUGGUCCUUGGAGCGGUCGUUUCAACGUUUGAAAACCUUUUUAGCCUGCUUAGACUAUUGGAAGGUUUCAAUUUAUUAACAGAGGACAAUCACAAAAGUUGUCUCUACCUUUCACUAUUUGCUAUAUGCCUUUUUGUAUUACGACAAUAUCUGCCACCCAAUGAGACUAAACCAUCAGAAACUUGUCAAUUCUCUAUGUAGUAGUGAUUCACAUAGCUGAUGGUAUGGGGCCUAUUCCCACUCAAUGCAUUCAAAUUGUGCAGUCUUAAGGUGUACAGGUAGUCCGCCUUGUGCCCACGGUCCAGUGGGAUAUUCCCCACCCAUGAUCCUGAACCUGUGAACCAGUCCUCCUAUAGCUCCUAUAAAUCACAUUUUAACACCCUAAAACAGUCCAAGACAACAAAUAGACAAUACGGAAGCAGAAAUCCACAUUAUUGAGAUGUUGCAAGCAAUUGUGAGGUUUCAAACAGUCCGUACUUGGACUUACCAGGAUUCCGUGCUCGUUGACUGAACAAGAGGAGACCUUGAGGCAAUAAACUGUCAGAAUUGUCGACCCAGGAUUGAAAAGUCUUUAUGUCCCUAGUGGAGGAGGAGGAUAUCAGCCAGGUGAUAUUUUUAUCAUUCAGCCACAAAAUCAAAAGCAGAUGAAGACACUAAGAGACGGUUUGAGUGACUGACAUUAGACAAAUGGACGGAGGAUCUUCUCUGUUUGUGUACUGGGAUAGAGACAAGCCCGGGUUGCUAUGGAAACAGAGGCAAAUUGUCUCUUCUGGCAUUUUUCUUCAGUGAAGAUAUUGAUGAACUUAUGUUCAAAACCCAGUGGCCCAAUGGGACUUCCCAAUCCGCUGCUGCUGGGACCGCCCAAGUAUAAACUUUAUAGACUCUUAAACCGCACAAAUUUUGCACUAGUGUGUUUUUCUGACUGGGUUAUGAACAAAAAAUAAUUUUGGGGUAAGAAAUGGUUUUGGAAAAUGAGUCCUUCAAAUUAAGAAUUUUAUUCAAAGCUUAUAUCUUUCAAAAAAAAAAAAAGAUGAUUAAUUGAUGGCUAAUUACAGGGUUCCAGAGUGUUUGUAUAUACACAUUUAUAUUUCACACCCCUGCCCUUGCUGAAGGUGUGAGAAUCCGCUACAGCCCUGUAUAUUUUAUUGCCGUGACAAGAAAGUUAUGGUGAAUUUACCUGUGGACCUCCGGCCUUCUUGUGUGUCAUAUUGGCACCAUCGUUGUGUUCAUGCUCUGGAAGCUCAUGCCGACCUGCUACUAAAGGUCUCCUAAAUAGCAGACAGUGUGACGCUUCACACUAAGACGGCAUCAUGUAUCUCAGUGUGAACUCAUUGAUUCCACAUAGCAGUAGCAGAAGUUUUCAGAAUGAACAAAGUCUUUAAAAAGAUGUGUUGUUAAUGUCCCCAACCACUCCAAUGCGUCUUUUAAUGCACUUUUUCACCCCAACACACCUUUUUAAAGAGCACACAGCCUUUCAUCACUUAAAAGUACAAUUUAUCUGAGCAAAUUAGCUCUUUAUUGUGUUUUGCACCUUCCCAAUCAAUACAAGGCAAGGUAACAUUAAAAAGCUGAGUUUUCCAAACUGACGGCAAGAAAGAAAGGUUUUUAUUUCCUCCGUACACAUUCCUCACUUCCAGGUUAGCGUACCAAUUCAAAGAGUGAUGUCAUGAAUAUAACAGGAUACUUGAAGGGUGACCAAACUGGAUCACUACGUAUUUAUGCUACAGAAGCUCAACUAUUGCUGUCUGAAGAUAUCUACGGUAAAAUAGACAGUGGAACCUGUAAUGUCCAACAAUCUAUGACUGGUAUACUGCUUGUGUGGAAGGAUCUCAUUAUAAUUACUCGUCUUUCCAACAAUUUUGAGUAAACACAAACUUUUGCAACAUCCUAAAGCAUGGGUUUUUUUGGCUGCAGGACCCACCAUCACGCCUCAGUGACCCAAACUGCACAAAUGUUGCACAACUCAAACUUCUCAAACAUCUUACAUUUAAAGGGACUUUCGCGGCACACCAUGACCUGCAGAAUGAGGCGGUGGCCUCGCUCUUCUCCAGCAGAUAUCCGCAGCUGUGUGUCGGAUGGACAACACGUUAGGUCCCCACUCAAAUGUCCUUCCCCUCCCACUCAAGUUUGACAAAGUCGCUCAUAAACAUGGCACGCACCUCAUGGCCGCGUCGCAAGCAAAUCGCUCAGACAAGAAUGCAAGGUGCAUUCACGAACAUCGGGUCAUUACGUUAUUAAUUUUUUGCCUCGGCAAAGACACGCAACCCACCAGUUCAAAAUCACUGUUCCAAAGGAUCCUGUUAACUUCCAGCAUCAUGUCAAUCAGGUGUUUUCAAAGUGUGGCACAGAGAGCCUCCCCUCAGAGGAUAUCAUUUGAUUGGGGGCUCCCCGGUUUUUAUCAAGCUGCUGCACCACGACAGUCUCAGACACGUCUAAAGUGUGGUGUUGCUUUAGAAAAUUCCAAUCAGCUCUACAUUUAGAACAUUGGAUAUGCAUGUUUUGAAAAAGUGUAUGAAUGAUUUUGGACAUGGGGGUUUUUGUCAGAAUAUCAAAAAGAAUGAAUACAGUAAUCCCUUGUUUAUUGUGGUUGAUUGGCUCCAGAUCCAACAGCGAUAAGUGAAUUUCUGCAAUGUACAAUUCCUUAGUUAUACAUCUAAUAUUUUCGUAGUUAAAUCACAUAAAACCUGUUUACGACCUUUUAAAUGUGAUUUUUAACAUUAUUAGAGCGCUCCGGACAUUAAAUAACACCCCUAUAGCCACUUUACACUUAUAUUAGUUAACAUAAUAAGAUAAAAUAAUACAUAUAAAACAUCAAAAAUUACAUGACAUAGACUCCCACAUGUUAGUAUUGGGAGAGUUUCUUGGUGUUUCUUUUUUUACUUCUUUCUGUACAAUACUUCCUGCGGUGGCUAUUGUCUCAUCAAUGUAACAUCACUGACACCUAGUGACCAGUGUAGAAUACUACAUAUCAUCACAUCUUUUAUUUUAAUUCAAUUUGUAUCGUAUAUUAUUUUCAUUGAAAUUUUUUUUUCUAUGCUUCAAAAUACUUAAUUUUGGCAAAAAUUACGUAAAUGUGCCUAAAUAAGCAAGAAAUAAUAGGCCGUAUUCAACCACAAAACGGGGAUUUAUCAGUUAAUAUGUUUUCGAAGAACAGUGAAAUUCGAGGCGCAAAGUGGCGAGGGAUUACUGUAUAAUCUAACACUUCUUUACGGUCUUUUGCCAGAAACUACCCACAAUUCUUAACUCAAAUUUUGGCUGGAACGUGAGUCAUUUGGGGCUUAACUAUACGUGUAAAAGUACAGGGACAUGCAAGUCGUGUGCUGACGUGUUGUGUUUUUUUGUGCAACUUUAGAGGCAUAUUUUCCUCCCAAAUCUUGACUUUAUAGGUUCCACUGUGCACCAUAUCUUCAGUUCUGGAGUAGACAUAAAGACAACAUGCACAAUGUCAGCGCCCCCUUAUGGGGAAAUAUUGGGUGUUUCAAGUUUUGACGUGUGAUGCUGGAAGCUCACUGCAGCAAAUAUGCAAGCUUCAGCUGAUUUUUUUUUUUUUUUUGCAUUAUCAGUCAAAACCUACACACAGUAGUCUGCAGCAUGCAGCAACGUGAAUGUGUCUGAAAUGUCUGAAAAGAUGCUGCAUUGGGUUUUGAUGCCAGAUGUAACUGCUGUCAGUGUGUGCAUUCCAGUAUCUGCAGGCUUGUUUCACACCGCACACUCAACAUUCUCACAUUAGGUUUGCGCUUCAGGCAUUUUUUUGUUUGUAACCUUCAUGACUUUGUCCACAUUAAUUUUACAUUGUGGUUUGUUGCUGUAUAAAUAAUUCACCUUCAAUCUGUCCAUCAUGAACUUGCAAACAAUACACGAGAAAUCCGGUUCACACAAAUAAGAACGACUUUUGCUGGAAACUAAUCUUAAAAAGUAAGAAGAACAUGACGUGGUUGUUAAUUUAUCCUGAGAAAUUAGAAUAAAUUGCUAAAUACACUGAAAUGACCCCAAAGAAUGACAACAGAAUCAAAAGACUCGUAUGUAGUAGUGUAGCUUUUAAAGACAACCGUUAAAGGCAGCUCGUCACAAAAUGGUUGCGUUUGUUAAUCGCUGUAUGCUGGUGUGCACCCAUUGAAUUGAUCUAAUUAUAUCAUUUGAGGCAUAAUAGAACCUGAAAUUAAGAGGCUGCAAGGGUUCCACAAUAAAAGGUCUAAUUUUAACUGCUAAUGGCAUGCUGCUGAUCUCUGAAGUGUGCCCAACACAAAAAUGUAGACUCUCUUUAUUAUAGUCCUCUUUGUCGUGCCAUGUAACGAUUAAAGUUGCACUGCAAGAGGUUACAUUUGGGUGGGAAUUGAGCUGAAUGCACAGUGAGCGUGUGUGCUCGUCCUCAAAGGUUACUGGUGCCGUAAUAGGGUCUCCAGCCUGCAGCCACAAUCAGAACUUAUUACAGGGAUCUCUGUGAGAUAGUGGCUGUGCGGAAUGAGCAAACUACAUGGAAUGAAAUGCAAGGGUAAUGUUUACCUUUCACUAACUUAGCUGUGGAGAGAUACUGAUUUGGCAAAUGGAUCAUUACAGUCGUCCCUCGUUCAACACGGUUAAUUAGCAUUGGAAAAGUUCCUUAUUCUAGUUUGUCGAACGUCACUUUUGAUAUACUUAUAUUUGUUUUUUAUUAAACUAACGUGAAUCCGCCAUGCAUAGAUGUACAAUCUAACAAUACUGCUAGCUUUGUUUACGCCACAUUGUGCACCGAUUAUGCGCAGGCUGCGGGAUCUCUGAAUUGACACAAGACGGCCACCGCUCUAACAAUAGCAAUCUACCGAGCUAACUAGUUAGCCUCCAAUGUGUUUAUGCUAAACUUCAGAAUAGGUUUGAAACUGAGUGGGGAAGGACAAAGUAAGAAGCCGAAUGGGUACCACUUCCACAUGGAAUGGGAGGAGAAUUCUUCACUACGUCAUGACGGACUGCAAGGACCAAUGGCUGCAAGUUAAAUGUAAAAAUAUCUCGUCAAUGUAACAUUACUGACGCCUAGUGAACAGAAUAGUACAUGUAACUUCCAAUAUUGUUUGACUAAUGGGCCAUGCCUUGCAAUUGGCUUGCAACCAGUCCAGGGUGUACCCCGCCUCCAUUCAUUCAUUUAUUCAUUUAUUUCGCGAUGUAGCGAGGGACGACUGUAUUAGACUUUCUCCGUAAUCCAGUAUACGGCAAUCAAAAGUGGGAUCCUGAUUCUAGAAAAUAGUGCGGUUGUGUAAAACGGCCUUACCAAAUGAUCAUAGAACUUACCAAGUGCCCUUCUUUCCCAGCAGCCUCCUGUUUUAGCACACAGCACAGCUUCCGGUCUGCUUGGAAACACUCUGGCAACAUCAGUGUAAGCCGGUAAAGUCAGGCCUUCAAAAUAAAAGAAGCACGCCAGUACAAUAACGAUUGAACCUCAGUAGGCUGUCGGAAAGUUGGGGUUGGGGGGUGGGUAACCGGUGGAAAUUCUGGGGGAAGACCAACAACUUAUUUUCCAGAAAAUGUCCCUUAUUGUCACAUUUUCAAACGCAUAUGGGCAGACCCUCCAAACAUGAACACAAUCCGUUCUGUGUGCUUCAUUUCUGCGUGUCGAUCGGGACAUACACUCAAAUGAUGUAUUUCUUGUUUGUGUGAAGUAGAUUUAUUACAGUAUCGUUUCAACAAAUCCCAAAAAAAUAUAUUUUUUCAAAGCGAGGGAGGUCCUUCAGGAGGUCAGCAGUGGUCACCAUCACUGUCAUCAUCACCGCCAUCCUUUUUGUCUCCAUUGUGAUGUGCUGCUCAACUUGAAAUUGCAACAGAAGAUACAUUUUUGUACAGAAAUAUAUUUUUUAUGGAGAGUUUGUUUAAAAAAAAAAACAACAAAUUAUUAAAUAUGCUGUACUUUUUAUGAUCACUGAUGUAGGUUGGCCAACACCUUGUUUAUGGGAAGAAAUGUUUUUAGUGCUAUUAUAACUCAUACAAAACGAUUCAACGAAAAGAUGUCAUAUUAGAAUGAGUGAUGUUUCACAGGAACACUGGAAAUGUUUUCUCCAUCGCUUCAAGUGUUCAAGUGUUAAAUAAUGAUAAGCAUUGAGGUGAUUGGUUAAUUAUACUGCAGCUCUGUGCUACUGUGCAAAAGUCUUAGGCAGCAAUACAGUAUGUUUGAGCAAUGCUAUAAUGACCAGUGAGCCAUUACAGCACCGGAAUGUGACGCUGUAGAGAGCAGACCUCCGCCAAGGCCGUUGUCCAGUUAGUGGCUAUUCAUGUUUGGCACCACUGUACACCUUAAACAUGGUUUAGAAAGUGUUAUAAGUGGUAAAUAAUGAUGUUAUAAACACAAUAACUCAUUAAUACACAUUUGUAAACAACACAUGCUAUCAUUUUCUUGCCUUUAUAAAGCAUUAACACACUGUUGAUGACCAAUUUAUAAAGUAUACUCUUAUGAAGUGGUCAAGUGAACAAAAUAUUCAUAUUUCUUUUAUAAUUAAAUAAUCAUUACUAAUAAUUAUCGCCUGAGUGCAAUCGAGAUUUGUUGAUGUGAUCAAUAAAAGUAGCAAAUUGAAUCAUUUUUUAUCAAUGUUUUUAAGCAAAUUGGAACAGUAUUAUGAUAAUAUUCACAGCCAUGAUCAUUUUGGUCACAAUAAUUAUAUCCAGUUGUCCCUCGCCACAAUUUCCACUCGAUCACGUUUUUUUCAAAAAUGUAUUAAUUCAUAAAUCAUGUUGUUUCGUGGUAGAAUGUGGGCUGUUAUUAGUCAAAAGAUAUGCAUAUCGAAGCACAUGUGACAUAUUUUUGCCUAAAUCAAACAUGUUCAACCAUAAAAACGGUUCAAAUGACUAAAAUAGAAAUAUAAAGCCUUCAGAAGAUGCAUUGAAAAGCAUUCUGCUAUGUAGGAUUCUACACUGGUCACUAGGUGUCAGUCAUGUUACCGGUGAGACACGAGCAUCAGACUCCAUCGCAGGAGCAACAAGCUUUCAUUGCAGGUUUGUAUUUUCUCACAGCAAGCACAAAUUAAAUCAUCAUAAUGAUAACACGGGCUACUGUUGCAGUCGUAAUCCACUCCCAGCUGAAACUCAACUCUGAACCCACAGACGUCAUGUCUACUCGGCUCUAAUAAUGUUUUAUGCGCUAGCUAGAAAACUAUUUCAUUUCUAAAUAAGGAAUCCUACUUUGAAAUUCACUUAUCACGGUCGGGUUUUAGAAGCAAUUCAUUGUGAUAAACGAGGGAUUACUGUACAUAUUAUUUAAUGUCACGGUAGUGUGUAAAAACAAAGCGGCGGCUAAAGACUUUUGCGCAUGACAUAUACUCUACAUUUAGUUUCUUCUUGACGAUGGAGAAGUUGACAGUGACUGCUUCUUUAGUUUAGGAUGGCUUUCCAGUGUUCCUGUGAGAGAGCAGCUCAUAAUAAUGCAUCUGUAACUGCAUUAGAGACAACUGUUCUCACGAGAGCUUUUUCAUGACCUUCUUGGCCCCAAAGCGACGCCCCGUGUCUGUGUAAACGAGGAGAAACCACUCAGACGGGAUGUGGUUCCUCCCAGUGGCAUAUGGACACACGCGUAGGCUUCAGUUCCAUUCGACUCUAUUGCAAUGUUUGAGAUCCACUAUUUUGUAUGACCCAGAGAAAGACAUAAAUAACGCGAGCAGACAGUAUGUGAAUGCAGCCUCAUAACCUGUUGUCAAAGAGACUCACACUUUAUCAGCUACAGUAUUUUGAAGAUUUGAGAAUAAAG